AUGCGGCCACGACGUCAUACCCUCUCCACGCUAUCAGACGUCGUACACCGGACCCACUCCCAUACCAGCUCGACGGCGUCCCACUUCACCCUCGUGCUGGUCGACGACGGCGAGUGUCAGCUCUGGCCAUCGUCUGCCCGCCGUGUAGACCUGCGCCUUGCCCCUCCAGAGUGGACUGUUCUCCAAGCAGCUAUCGCUCUGUAUGCGCCUCCAAGCUGGUUUGUGAUGGGCGUCGACGUCAUGGUAGUGAUUCAAGAUGAGGGCGUUCAGCUGGUGACGACGGCGGAAGACUGGGAGGCUGUGAGGGCGACGACCACUCGCAUAACUGUCCUCCCCACUCCCGCAGGCUCUGGACUGCACAUUCCGCUCCUUCAAUCCGAACACGCCGGCAACGGUGCGCCUAGCGACAUCGGCACCAGCCACAGUCACCGCCAUCUCGGCCAUACCACCCAUCGACAGCUCCAAGACGUCAUUUCCCGCGCCCGCGUCCUUGCCGAACGCACACUGGCUCCCGCCCUCGAACCCACGCCCCAGCCGACGCCGUGGCCUUCGUCCCCCGAAGUGGGCUUCCUCAACCACGGCGCUGGACGGCUUCACAGUACGCCCGGAGGCUCAGCCAUGGGUCAGGUUUCAGGCCACCCGAAAGCUAGCCCAAGCCCAAGCUUCAGUCCCAGUUCCAGUCCCAGUCCCAGGCGUCCCAAGGCUUCCACUAGGGACACUCACUAUGGCGACCACCAUGACGACUGUAAUGACGACGAGCCCGGGGACACGACCAUCCGCCCAUUCGAUGAAGAGGACAAACAGGACCUACCCGGCAAGAAAUCACGAUCCCAGUCUCACCCUCGGCCUCACGGACGCGAUUCCAAGCCAGACCCACGCCCGUAUGCCAUUCCACCUCCUAGACACAGGCGCGAGCACUGGGUGCCCUUCCCGCUCCUCUGGGACGAGCCGCAGGCGCUCCACGAACGCCGGGGCCUCGACAUGCAGACUCUGGACAUGACGAAAGUGGACGCAAAGGACCAUCACGCGGACGCACCGCCACCGCCCAACACCCCAGACCACGCGCAGCCUCACCAUGACCACAGUCUCAGCAUCGAGCGGCCCCAGCGGUCGUCGACGAGUCGUGCAAGUUGGGGUAACUGGUUUGCCUGGAGUCCUUGGUGGGUUUGCGAGUUUCACUGGCUGCUAACCGACCAGAUAAUGGAGACUCACACUUCUCGGCCUUUGCAAUGCCAGCCCCCGCAAACGAUUCGGAGCCAUUCCUGCUCACAUAUUCUCCUCAUGGCCAUCAGCACACCGGCAGCUGCUCACACAUUUUCCUCCUGGUCGUCCAUGUCCCGCCACAGAGAGGCUCAUGGUCUCUGA